AUGAGUAGCCAAACAUUUCUUGUUGGUACUGGUGUAAAUCGUAUAUAUGCGUGUCGACUGACAUCGGAUGGACAGUUUGAAUUACUUAAUGAAACGAAAUCCGGAAAAGGUUCAACUUGGCUCUUGCCACGUGAUGAUCUGCUCUACGUAGUUAAUGAACAUGACGAUAAAAUCGAAACAUUUACAAUUGAUGACCGUAAUCAAGGAAAACUAACACUGAAAAACACAAUAUCUUCAAUCGGAGACACGCCAUGCGCGUUAGAAUUCGACCCAUCAGGAAAAUGGUUACUCGUUUCCAAUUAUGGUGAUAAAGGAGUAGCGAAUAUUGUGUCUCUCCCAUUAAACGAUGCAAAAUAUCCGGACGAAAAGGGUGCUCAAAUCACUGCAAUCGAAGGAGAUGGUCCGCAUCCAACUCGUCAAAAACAUUCCUACUGCCAUCAUGCAAUUUUCCAUGAUAAUUAUCUGUAUGUCGUCGAUUUAGGUUCCGAUACUUUGAGCACUUAUCGUUUUGAUGCUACAACUGGAAAACUUGAUCUCGUUGGCGAUCGAGUCAAAACAGAAGCUGGUGCCGGUCCACGUCAUAUACUUUUCCAUCCGACCAAACCAUUGGCAUUUGUGUGCAAUGAAUUGAAUUCAACAGCAAAUGUUUUCAGCGUCGAUUCUUCAUCAGGUCAACUGCAUCAUCUUCAAACUAUAGGCACUCGACAAGACAAAGAUCAAAAUUCAAUUCAAGAGAACUAUACCGCUGAAUUACAAUUUACACCCGAUGGGAAAUAUUUAUUAGUAUCGAAUCGUGGUGAUGAGAAUUUAGUGAUCUUUAAUAUGAAUGUAGACGCCGAAAAAGAAGUCUUAAAUGUAAAAGAACAUCUUGAUUGCCACGAUUCAAUUCAAGAGAACUAUACCGCUGAAUUACAAUUUACACCCGAUGGGAAAUAUUUAUUAGUAUCGAAUCGUGGUGAUGAGAAUUUAGUGAUCUUUAAUAUGAAUGUAGACGCCGAAAAAGAAGUCUUAAACGUAAAAGAACAUCUUGAUUGCCACGGUUCAUUCACACGAUACUUCAUGUUUGAUCCAACAAAAAAGUUUCUUCUGGUUGCCAAUCAGAAGUCCAAUAAUUUAGUUUGUUUCUCUUACAAUUAUGACAAUGGCACAUACACAUUCGUCUCUCAAUUGGAUAACAUCGAAAGUCCCCAACACAUUGUAUUCCUUAACGAUCCAUCUCUCUGA